AUGGCUUCUCUCACGUCAAAGUUCGCCAAUCUGAACCCUUUCUCCAAGUCGGCCCCCGAGGACGAUGAGGAGCUCGGCGAUGCGACCGACAACACCACCCUUGCCGGCGGUGGCCACGCCGCCCGUGACUCGGAACUGAAGCACCGCCUGCGCGUGAGUCGUGCCCUCCGCUCCUUUCUCGUCGACCAAGGGAUCAUCUCGUCCAGCGACGCAAAUCUCAACUCGGAUCACCCCAGCCCGGCGCUGCAGGCCCUCGUCGACAAGCCUCACAUCAGCGUGCCGCGCGAGCUCUUAGACAGGUCUCACCCGCUUCCCGAGUACUUCAUCAGCUCCAGCCACAACACCUACCUCUUGGCCCAUCAGCUCUUUGGAGACUCCUCGGCAGAGGCCUACAGCGAGACGUUACAUGCCGGCGCGCGCUGUGUCGAGAUCGACGCCUGGGACAACCCCGACAACAAAGACGAGCCCAAGGUCACCCACGGCUACACCUUGGUCUCCAACAUCCCCUUCCGGACCGUCUGUGAGACCAUCCGCGACGUCGUCGACCAAGAAGCCAAGGCACCCGAGCCCGCCGCACCCAUCCUGCUGUCCCUGGAAAACCACUGCGACCCCGAAGGCCAGCUACGCCUGGUCCAGAUCAUGAGAGGCGUCUUCGGGGACCGCCUUCUUAGUCGAAGCGUGCGAGAAAAGGGCCAUGCCGAGCAAGACGGCCAGGGCGACCACGUCCGCCUGGAAGAGCUGGGCAGCAAAAUUGUCGUCAUCGUCGAGUACCACUUCCCCGGCGAGCCCGACGACAGCAGCUCGAGCUCAAGCGACAGUGACGACGAAGAGGAGAAAAAGGCCCGCCACGAUUACAAGGCCAAAAAGAAGGAAAUCCCUCCUUCCCUCAUCAUCCCGGAGCUGGAAGAGCUCGGCGUCUACGCUCAGUCCGUCAAACCCGUCAACAACUCUUGGUAUGAAGAAGUUCUACAGGACGCACCUCACCACCACCUGAUCAAUGUUUCCGAGUCCGGCCUGGCCUCCCAUCUGCCCGAGGCUACCCACAAGAUCUCCCGCCACAACGCCCACCACCUCAUGCGUGUCUUCCCCAAGGGCACCCGCAUCUCGUCCAAGAACCUGCAUCCCGUCCCUUUUUGGGGCGUGGGCGCCCAAAUCUGCGCCCUCAACUGGCAAACCUUUGGCGCUUCGAUGCAGAUCAACGAAGCCCUGUUCAGCGGCUCCGAAGGUUACGUCCUCAAGCCCGCCGAGCUCCGGGCCGGCGGCUCGGGCAGGCUCGGCAACGGCACCAAGAAGAAGCUGCGGCUCCACGUCGGCGGCGCGACGGACGUUCCCAUACCCUCCGGCCGCGACGAUGACGAGACCAUCAGGCCUUACCUCACCUGCACGCUCGUCCACCCCCACGACCUGGCGAUCAACCCCCCUAAGAGGAAGACGGCCGGAUACAAGCAGCAUAAGCUCACCGGCUUCCUCCACAAGGGCGAGAACCCCCCGCCCACCGACCCCUUGUGGAACGAGGUGCUGGAGUGGGAGUACCAGGACAACGAGAUGGUCUUCCUGCGGAUGCUCGUCAAGAGCGACGACAGCUUUUCGAAAAACCCCAUCCUGGCUGUCGGGGCGGUGCGGCUACUCUACACCAUUCCCGGCUGGGUCUUCAUCCGCAUGCUGGAUCUGAAGGGAAGAGAGACCAAGUGCUCCAUCCUGGUCAGAUUCGAAUUUGUGGACGCGUGA